UUCUGACACAUUAUGAUUCGGUGAAACGUGUUUUACCGUCUGAAAGUUUUCUAUUAGUGAUUAUUUUAAAACAAAUAUAUAUUCAAAAUCAAUAACAUUUAUUCUUCGUAUUACAUUAAUUUUAAAUUUAUACAAUUUGAACCAUCAUUGGUUUAAUUUGUGCAGUCAUAUAUCGGUGAAACAUAGAACGUGUCAAAUAGACGCUUGGACGCCAUGAUGGACGGCAUAUGUGACACUGCCGACAUUUUAAAUAACGUUCCUCCUAAAAAGACAAUUCAUGCUGACAAUGUAGACCUCUCUGAUAAAUCGCUACAAGUGGAUAUUUCAGAUGCCCUCAGCGAAAAGGAUAAAGUAAAGUUUACAGUACAUACAAAAACCACGCUACCUGAAUUCCAAAAACCAGAUAACUUAGUUGUAAGGCAACAUGAAGAAUUUGUAUGGUUACAUGACCGAUUUGAAGAGAAUGAGGAAUAUGCUGGUUACAUUAUUCCUCCUUGUCCACCAAGACCAGAUUUUGAUGCCUCUCGUGAAAAGUUACAGAAACUUGGGGAGGGUGAGGGUAACAUGACUCGUGAAGAAUUUAACAAAAUGAAACAAGAACUGGAAGCCGAAUAUUUGGCUACAUUUAAGAAAACUGUUGCCAUGCAUGAAAUGUUUUUAACUAGAUUAGCACAUCAUCCAGUUUUUCGAAAUGAUCAUAAUUUAAGAGUAUUUUUAGAGUAUGAUCAAGAUCUUUGUGUGAGAGGAAAAAAUAAAAUGGAAAUGUUUGGUGGUCUAGUAAAAUCAUUUUCAACCACUACAGAUGAAUACUAUUUGUCAGCAACUGUGAAAGAUGUAAAUGACUUUUUUGAUCAGGAAAUGUCAUUUCUGCAAACGUAUCACCAUAAUUUAAAAGAAGCGACGGCUCGGGCAGAUAGACAAACCGCUAAACACAAAGAUGUAGCAGAUUCGUAUAUAAAAAUUUCUACAAAUCUUUUACAAUUAGCCACAACUGAUAAUGGUAAACUAGAAAGAUUUUUAACGAAAAUUGCAGAAACGUUUGAAAAAUUAAGGAAAGUUGAAGGACGGGUAGCAUCUGACGAAGAUUUAAAAUUGUCAGACACGCUUCGUUACUACAUGAGGGAUACAGCUGCUGCUAAACGGCUUUUGUUUAGAAGAUUGAAAGCUUUACACGCGUAUGAAACUGCAAAUCGCGCUCUUGAAAAAGCUCGUGCCAAAAAUAAAGAUGUUCAUGCUGCGGAACAAGCUCAAACGGAAGCAUGCGAGAAAUUUGAACAAAUGUCGGAGAAAGGAAAAGAAGAGCUAAUGGAUUUCAAAACAAGGAGAGUAACUGCUUUUAGAAAGAACCUAAUUGAAUUAACCGAACUAGAAAUAAAACAUGCAAAAGCACAUGCGGAAUUGCUCAAAAAAUGUUUAUCAGUUUUACGAGAAGAGUGAUCCAGUUUGAUAAGUCUCGUGGUACAGAUUACCAUGUAAUCUGUACGAAGAUCACGAUCUAUUUAAAAUUAUAGUAAUGUAAUCGUACUGUAAAAUAUAUAUUUUUUGUUAUCUAGAUUUAUAUUACCUCGAAAAAGGUAUUAUUAACUGUAAAAGGGCUCCAUAUACAAUUAAUUAAUGUUUAAUAUUUUCAAACUGUAUGUAAAUGUUAUAAUUCUUUAUGCUUAGAGAGUAGUUAUCUUUUUUAUAAAAUUUUUUAUCGAAGCAUUUGAUUCACAGUUAUAUAAUACAAUUACCUCUUGUCCAUUUCUGUAAAUUUAAUUUAAUUUGUUACAAGCUAAACAUAUCUUGUGUAAUCUACGUAUGUAUAUCAUGAGUAUUGCAAGGUGUUUUUUAAUGUGUGUUACAUUCAGGAAAUAAGAGAUUCAUAAUCUAGAACUAAGGUAAUGUAAAAUUAUGGGUAUAUAUUUUUUGAAAGUAAAAAGAUAAUAAUUCAACAAAGUUGAAAGUUUUAUAAAAGUACUUGUUGAUUAAUACAAAUAAUGGUAAAACUUUGUGAAUACUUAGUAAAUAAUAGGGUAAUCGUGUACAUAGCAAAUGAUCGAAAAUUAUAAAACAUUAAAGUGUAAAUGUAUUAUAACUGUAUUGAUUCGUAAUCUUUCAUAAUUUGAUUAAUUAGCGAUUAAUGUGGCAAAGCAUAAAAACAAUUGGGAUCGUAAUAUUAAUCGAAGAAUCUUUUAUUUCCAAAAUUUAUCACAUUUUAUGAAACGUCCUGUACAUAAUGAUUCCAUGUAAGUAUACGUGCACGUAUACGAGAAUGUUUAAAAAAUUUUGUUGUUAAAAAUAAAAUGCAAAAGGAUUGUUGGUGCAUUCAGUUAACACGCGGUCAGCAACAAAUAAUGAUAAAAGCAAUAUUAUUUCAAAUAAUUUUGUUUGCAUAAAUCCUUCAACACAAAAGAUUUAUAUAAAUUAGUAUAUAUAUAAAUAUAAAUAUAUACAUAUAUUAAAUUUUAAGAUUUUUACAGAUAAAUUAGUAUGUUGUAUAAUGUUAAUUCAAUUUACAAUAUUUCGUUUGUUCAAUAAAUUAUAGUUAUAUAAUAAGAAAAGGGACCCGAUUAUGCGUAAUUAUACGAAUGAAGAUGCGAUACACAUUUACCAAAAAAAAAAUCAUUCAAAGCUUGCCAAAGACGAUUAACUAAAACGAAAAAAAGGCAAUUCAUGUAACAUAACACACAUGUUUAUAUACACAAAGGUUUAUGUUUUUUUUUAUUCAUUUGAAAUAUACCAUUCUCUAUA